AUGAUUGAAAAUAAAACAAAAUAUUAACCACCUGAUUAAAUAUUUAAAGAAAUAAAUAUAGAAAAGAAUAUUUCUAAUGAUAAUGAAGAAGAAAAUCAAAAAAAAUAAAAAAAGAAUAAAAAAUAAAAAUAAGUUGAAGAUGAAGAUGAAAACAGUGAUUCAUUCGAAGAAAUAGAUUAAAACGAUAAAUAUGAUAUAAAAAAAGCUUUGCAUCCAAUAGCAGUUAUAUUCACUUUAUUAUUUAAAGGAUUAGCAGUUGCUACAUAUUUUUUUGGAGGGUUAUUUUUCUCCGAUGUGAUGAUUUUUAUUAUUAUUGUACUAUUAAAUAGUUUUGAUUUUUGGACUGUUAAAAAUGUCACAGGACGUUUAUUAGUUGGAUUGAGAUGGUGGAGUGAUUUUAAUGACGAAGGGGUUGAAGAAUGGAGAUUCGAAUCUUUUGAUAAAAAGUUUGAAGCAAAUUUAGUUGAUAAAUCAUUUUUUUGGACAAGCCAAUUUGCUUCAACUGUAUUUUGGGCGAUUUUUUUAGUAUUUAAAAUCAUAUCUUUAAAUUUAUAUUGGGGAAUAUUAACUUUUAUAGGGUUUCUUUUGAGCGCAGUAAACUUAUAUUGCUAUUAUAAAUGUAGUAAAGAAUAUUAAGGCAAAUUGAAGAAUAUGAAAGGUAACAUAUUGAAGCAUGGAAUAAUGCAUAUGAUUAACAAAAAAUGA